CAGAAGAUAGAACAGAACAGAACAGAAGAGGAGACCCUCUCUGAAACACUCUGAAUCUGAUGGCUACUCCUCUGCUUCUGAGAGGGAUUCCAUUACUUCGUCUACAACUUGAGACUAGAAACUUACCCAUUAGAUUCUUAGCACCAUUUUGGAAGCCUUCAUUUUGUACAGCCAUCAAAACAUCAAAUUUUCAUGAUAAUGUUACCACCACCACUCUUUUAACUGAUGAUAACAAUACUACCACUACUGAUACUAGAGAUUUGCCCAAUUACCCUAGAUGGGAUAAUCCAGAUUUUAGGCAUUGGAAAGAUAAGGAGUCAGAAAUUCUUAACGAUAUUGAACCCAUUAUUCUUCUCACUAAAGAAAUUCUUCACUCAGACAGGUAUAUGGAUGGGGAAACCCUAUCGGCCGAGGAUGAAAAAGCUGUGGUAGAGAAACUUCUUAGUUAUCAUCCACAUUCUGCUGAUAAAAUCGGCUCCGGACUCGAUUCCAUCAUGGUAGACCGACAUCCACAGUUUAAGUACUCGAGAUGCUUGUUUGUUGUCCGAACAGACGGUGGAUGGAUUGACUUCUCCUACCAGAAGUGCCUCCGUGCUUACAUUCGAGAUAAAUACCCAUCAUAUGCAGAAAGGUUCAUUAGAGAGCAUUUCAAACGUACCAGUACCUAAUGGCUGAUAGGUCUUCCGCCUUAUCUAAGAAGAAAGGUUAUAUGCAGCAGAGAUUUAGUUCGCUGUUCGACCAAGUGCAGAUGUUCCUGUUAUUGGAAUGCUGAAUCCCAAAAAUGCUAGGUAUUUGAAUUGAAUCGUGGCAGCCCUGCACUGACUGCUUAAAAUGAAAAGCCUUGCUUAUUAAGGACCUACGAACGUCAUCGAAUGAGCUAUGAUCUGAUACUUGUGUAAAAAACACCAUCUUUAUCCUCAGAUUUUCUAUAUACCUGUAAGUUUACUUGUGCUAUAACUGUAAACAGUUCUGUUUUUAUUCUCUCUUAAGUCGCUAGGUUCGUUUUGUAAAAUAUGGCCAUUGCGCUGUUCAAUUGCAGUGUCACAAACAAGAUGUACUUACUACUUAGCAAGGUGAAAUUUUACUCUUA